CGAUUGGGCGGGCGGCGGGGGCGGGGCGAGCGCGCGGGGCGGGCCGAAGGUUCCAGAAGCGGUGGCGGCGGGAUGAAGGCGGCGGCGGAGACCGGGCCCGGGCUGGGCCUCGGGGCUGGCUCCGUGUCGCUGUCGGUGAGCAGCAGCCUCAACUCCUUCCGCGCCCUCAAGCGGUACAGCACCGGCCUCACCAUCGCCGAGUUCAAGUGCAAACUGGAGCUGGUGGUGGGCAGCCCAGCCUCCUGCAUGGACCUGGAGCUCUACAGCACCCAGGAGGAGCUGCUGGGACGCCUGGACUGCGAUGAGGCCCUGCUGGGCUCCUACCCCGUGACUGACGGCUGCCGCAUCCACGUGAUCGACCGGAGCGGGGCACGCAUCGGGGAGUACGAGGACGUCUCGCAGGUGGAGAAGUACCAGAUCGCCGACAGCGACUACGACAAGCGGCCAGAGUCUCUGCGUUCCUUCCUGCGCCAGCGGCAGUGGGGACGUUUCGACACGGAGGGGGCGCAGCAGCGAGCGGCUGAGCAGCAGCAGCGCCAGGCACAGGAGGCAGCCAUGGCGGCUACUAUCCCCCUGGGUGCCCGCUGCCAGGUCCGGGUGCCGGGACAGCCCUGCAAGCGGGCCACCGUCAUGUACGUGGGCCAAACUGACUUCAAGCCGGGAUACUGGGUGGGUGUCCGCUACGACGAGCCGCUGGGCAAGCACGAUGGCAGCGUGGGCGGCCGCCGGUAUUUCGAGUGUCAGCCCAAGUACGGCGCCUUCGUCAAGCCCCAGAGCGUCACUCCCGGGGACUUCCCCGAGGAGGACUACGGCCUUGACGACGAGCUGUGAGGGGACGCCGGGGGGGGGGGGGCGGGGACGGGACACUGGGGACACGGGGGGCAAGGUGGGGGAGGACACACGAGGGAGGAAUGGGGGCACGGGGGAAGAACACAGCCUCAAAUCGCUGUGUUUUCCCUUGGUUUGGGGCGUCCCCACUCCCGGGUCUGUCCGCUGUCCCCUGCAGCGCGCCCCAGCGCUGGUUUCACCCCAAAAUGCCCCAAAAUUCACCCCCCCCGCGAGCCUCCCCGUCCCGUCCCUCCACCCCGCGUCCCCGCUGGGCUCGGGCGGGGGCGGGGCUUUCCGCCGGCCACGCCCCCCUCUCCGCUGGCGGGGGCGUGGCACCCCACGCUGGACACGCCCCUUUCCGCUGGAGGGGCGGGGCCUGUCUUGUGCUGCAGCCAAUGGGCGGGCGCGCUGAGGAGGAGGCGGGGCCGGAAGCGGCGGCCGGGCGGCCGCAGCCACCGCCGCCCCUCCCCCCCGCACCGUCCCGGGGGCCGCCCGCCCGCCUCACCCUCCCGGGGAACACCGGCGGGUCGGCCCCGCUUCAUAAAGUGGCGUUUUGAGGUCUCCUCUCCUGGUUCCGUAACGGGCUCCUGGCCACCGGCGUCGGCGUCAUCUCCUACGUCCAGAGCGACACCGGCCGCGACGCCGCCUACGGCUUUUUCAUCCUGGGGGGCCUGUGCGUGUCCUACGGGGCGGGGUC